AGACAUAUAGUCGGUAUGGCGAUCUGAAAAGCAGCCGUCGCAAUUCGCUUGGCAUUCGCACUGGGCAAGCUGAACGGUGCGAGCGUCAAGUCGCGACGGUUCCAAUUUAAUUCCGCCGCCAUCUACCGACAUCUACAUUUGGUUUACUCCGUUGUUGUUUGCGUUGUUCGUUGCCUUAUUUUUUGUUUGUGUGUGAAAGAGCGCUCGAUCGAUCCGAUCCGAUUCGAUCGAUCCGAUUCGAUCCGAUCAGCAGUGGUAAACAAAGCGAUCGCGCCAUCUGAAAAGCCAGGAGAUAGAAUAGCCAUCGGAGAUGGAGGUGUACACGUCGGACAGCUCGGACACGGAUUCGCGGGAGCAGAAGACCCUGGACUUUGGGCGCAUGAGCCUGGACCUGGUCACGCUGGAGGAUCACCUGGCCUCGCCGCAGAAGGCCCUGCUUAAGUCCAGCGGCGACAUCGAGGCCAUGCUGCUCAACCACAACCGCCUGGUGGGUCUGCCCCGCCUGCUGCUGCAGUUCGCCAACCUGAAGGUGCUCGAUCUUAGCUCCAAUGCCAUUACCACUCUGCCGGAUGCCGUCUGCCAGCUGCCACUGGUCACCCUGAUCGCCAAGAACAACCUGCUGACCAACGCCUCGCUGCCCAAGUCGCUGCUCUCCAAGCAGGCCCAUGCCCAUGUCACCAAUGGCGCGACCACGUCCACCCUCAAAGAGCUCAACCUGAGCGGCAACCAGCUGACCCACUUCCCCGAACAGGUCACCGAUCUGCGCCACCUCAAGUACCUCUAUCUGGGGGGCAACAAGAUCUCCGGCAUCUCCAAGGACAUCUGGAAGAUGCAGAGUCUGCACGUCCUGUCCCUGGGUGGCAAUCUGAUCAGCGAAGUGCCCGAGGCGGUGGGCUCCUUGAAUCAGCUGCAGGCUCUGGUCCUCUGCGACAACCUGAUCGAGAUCCUGCCGACGAGCAUCGCCCGACUGAAGAACCUCAAGUCGCUGCUGCUCCACAAAAACCGCCUGCGUCAUCUUCCCAAGGACAUUGUGGCACUGAAGAACCUGACGGAGCUGAGUCUGCGCGACAAUCCGCUGGUGGUGCGCUUCGUGCAGGACAUGGCCCUGAAGCCGCCCACCCUGCUGGAGCUGGCCGGUCGGAUGGUGAAGGCCAGCGGACAGCGACCCGGACCCUACGACAUCCCCAGGACACUGGCCGAGUAUCUGAACAGCGCCAACUGCUGCGUGAACCCCAACUGCCGGGGCGUCUUCUUCGACAACCGGGUGGAGCACAUCAAGUUCGUGGACUUCUGCGGCAAGUACCGGGUGCCGCUGCUGCAGUACCUCUGCUCCUCCAAGUGCAUCGAGCCGGAGCAGCCGGCACGCGGCUCGUCCGUUCCGGCGGCGAGUGCCAGCAGCGGCUUCAUGAUGCGCAAGGUGCUGCUCGGCUAGCCGCAUUCCAGACCGGCCCGACCCGAUCCUGGCCAGAUCAGAACAUCCAGGAUGCGCGACCGAUCCGGUAUCGGAUUUUAACCGGAAACCAGACACGAUAUCGAUAACGAAAUACAUAUCGAUAUCCAUAGCGAAUUCGGAUUCGGGAAAGGAAGCGGAAGCGAAAACGGAAUGGUGAUUGGGAACGGAACGGAACGGAAAAGAAAACGAAGUUCGGAGUUGGAGUCAGAAACGGAAAUGGCGAAAGCGACAGCGAAAGCGGAAGUGAACGUGGCGGAUCCACGCGUUCCGAGGAAUCGAGGAGUCCGGCAGCCACGGGAUUAUCUCCAUUGGCUCCACACGUUAUCAAAUCCACUUUUUGAUCUAGUUUGCUAAGUGAUUACGACCUGUUUGUUUGCUCGCUCGCCUUGCGCGCCAUUUUCUCUGUUUCUGUCUGUUUGUUUGUUUGUUUGCUUGUUGUUAUCCACACUUACACAAUCUAUACCAAAGAAACGCGGUUGGCUUUCACUGGGCAAAAGGAUUCGAGUGGCUUGCGGAACAAAUGGCGAUAUGAAAGAUUGCAGUAGUUGAGUGCAAAAACUACAUAUUUGUAUAUAUGUACAUUAGGGCGGUUCAAAUUUGAAAAAAAAAUUGAUUUUUUAAAAAGAAAGAAAGAAAGCGUUCUACGAUCUGCGCAUUAACGGUAGAGUUUUUUUACAUACCUUUGCCUCUGAAUAAAAAACCUUAGCUUUAUAUUUAAACAACAAUUUGUUCUUCAUAACAUAUUUUUUUCAAAAUUCGAACUAAACUUUGAGAUCAUUGCGAAACACCUAAAAUAUAAAAUAAAAUUCGUUAAUUUUGUAUAAAGUGCUAAGAUAUUUGUUUUUGGACCACCCUAGUGUACAUGUGUAGUUUACCCACCUUAUCAAGCCCCAUAAAUUCAGUUAGUAACAGAAACUUAAGCUACAGUGAAUAGAUAUUCCUGGUUAUAUUAGCAAAUAAUAUUGUUUUUUUUCUAUACUUAGCAAAAGUCACAUUCUUUUAGGGUUAGUUGCGGAAAACAUUCCCUACACUACAUUUUGUUGAUUCUAAACUAGAGAAAUACGACUUACUCAAUUGCAAAGUAAUGCACACAUGUUGUUUAGUUUGUCAUAAACGAUACACAAAUCCCAAAAAAAAACUGUACAUUACUGUGAUCCCAAAAUAUUCCUUACAUUAAAUAAUCAUUGUUGAAAACAAUGUAAUUCUAAUUUAACCCAAUAGUUCCUAUUGCAUAUACAAACUUAUUAUAUCACCUGAAUUAAAUACAAUACACUGCUGAUUGCUUCCAUCAGA